AUGGGAUCAUUGGCUGUGGAGGCCCUUGAGCUUGAGGUGCUACGCAACCCAACAUCUGUUAAGUGUUGGCUGCAGCUUGUGCGCAGUAUUCAGGUCUCGGAGUAUAGUAGUAGAACAGCAAAAGCCAAUGCGACCAACAUUGCGUACGAACGUGCCAUUCGCGCCAAUGGCUUUUCGUACAAGUUGUGGAUGAACUACAUUGCAUACCGACGAGACCACACGAAGGAGUUCACUUCAAUACAUGAGUGGUUUAGAUCUCUGCGAGAUAUCUAUGAUAGAGCGGUUGAAAAGCUACCUAUGAUGCCGCUUUUAUGGAUUUCUUUUAUUGAGUUUGUCAUGGAUGCAUCUGUACCACCACGUAUUACUUUGACACGUAAUAUUAUUACUCGUGCGCUGAAGGCUCUCCCACCUACGCAACACUACCGUGUAUGGAAACUUGCGAAACAGUGGCUUCGUCGGCCAUACGUGCCCACAGAGUCAGCGAAACAGCUUUGGCAGUUGAACCUUUUGUUUGAUACGCGUGCAGAAAACCAGCGUGAUUACUUUCUUAUGCUGUGGGAGAAAAGUAACACAAGUGAUUUUCUAAUGGAGUGCGCGUUGUUUCUCCUCGACGACAGACCUCAUGAAGACCUUAUGAGUGACACCACCUUCUGGGAGACUAUACGUAUGGCUUUUGAAAAGAAAGAUCUGUGCUUUACUGGUGAUUUUGCGCUCGUAGAGCAAUUGGUGGAUUUGGCUGUAACCCACUGUGCGUCACCUGCGGAAUUUAGAAUUUCGUAUGCUUUAUUUUUGACAACACAAGGAGAGUUUGUUAGGGCUCGUGAAACGUUUUGGAGUCUUUUAGAGGAUGCUGGUGAUGCAGCAAUCUUUCUUAGGGUUUUUAAUAUGGCUAUCGUCUUUGAAGAUCAGAUAAUGGAUUCCUUGGCAAUGGAUUCUUCUAUUCAAUCCCUUGAUGGGGCGGCCUAUAAGGGCGUUUGUGAGAAACUUUCUGGAGGCGGGACCGACCCAUUGUAUAAUAUCCGCCGACUUACGCAGCAGCACCCGCUCUUACUAAAUCAACUACAGCUUCGACACAACCCCAGCGAUAUUAUAAUGUGGCUAAAGCGUGCAGAGUUACUGCAAGAGGCGGUGUGCGAAAAACGAUGUGGACACAGUGAUGUAAGUGCACUCUUUCGACAGGCAAUUACGCGAUGCACAUCGGGAAUUCAAGUAAUUGACACGGAAGUGGCGCAGCUUUAUGAGUCUCAUGCAUGCUUUCUUUGGGAGAAUAACUGUAAAGGUGAUGCAAUUUCAGUGACAAGAGAAGGUGCAUGGCAUGUCAAUUUUUCUUCACAAACUGGUAAUGUUCUUUUAAUGGGGCUGUUUCUUGAGUUUAUGCUCAUGACAAGUCCAGGAGAGUCUCUGGAUGACUUUCUCUCGAGGCUUCAGGCAGUUAGCACACCUAAUACAAUUAGGUCUAAGGGACUAGCAAAGAGCUCUGUAUUGCCUCAUUUACAGAAGGACAUGCGUGCAUGGAUUCUAGCUAUUGAUUUGGCCUUUCACCACUCCAAGGAACAACUAGAACGGGUCACAGAAUUAUAUGGCAAUUCUACUGGUUACACCGCCGAAGGAGCUUGCUAUGUGGCUGGUCGUUUCUGGCAUAGUGGCAAUAUGAACCAGGCAUUUCGAGAGUUUGAGCGAGCACUGGUCGCCUUUAAAGAAAUCCCCUUGGCAAUGCUCUAUGUUUUGCAGCAGUACUUGAGUUGUUUGUGUGUUUCAUUCGGGAAACGUCUGCCACUUCACCAUCUCCGAGAGCUUACACAAUUGGGAUUUGAAGUGGCCCUGAAAACUAUUCGCCCGUGUCCUGUUGCAACAGUGGAAUAUCUUUUGAAUUGUGUCACCUUAGAAUCUCAAUUGGGUCUCGCAGGUACUGCUGUGAGUGCUGCGCAGGAGUGUCUUCAACUAGUUUUGGGGAGUAAUGCUGGGGACGAUUCAUUUUUAUUGGGUGUCUUGGAUGCUGUCCUUGAUGUUACUUUCAGACUUCAGGGAAGCCAAUCAGUGCGUCAGUACUGCACCAGACUACUCGAGGGAGGGCGGGGUGUGACGCCUCUGUUCAUCCAACGGGUGUCCCUCUGGUGGGCCGCUGUGGAGAAGCGCACUGGUAACAUGGACAGGGCUCACACUAUUUUGGAAGCGUGCUGUAAGUCGCAAGAUCCCAAAAGCAGGCAUGGUCUUGUUUUCUGGAAACUAUGGGAGUCCAUUUGCACCACGGUGGAGCAAUUUGAGAAUGUAAACAAGAGGAAGCAGCAGGUUUCACUCAAAUUCCUCAAUGACACUGCUGCUGGGGUGCCUGGGUAG